CUUCGUGUUUCAGAGUAAAUGUUGUAAAGUUUCAUCUCAGAGGAAUGAGGCUGCUGUGGAGGACGCUGCAGACUGCGCAUGCUCAGAGGGAGCAGAGCCGCAGACACUUCUGGGGAUGGCUCAACGCAGUCUUCAACAAGGUGGACUACGAGAGGAUCAAAUCCAUCGGUCCUGAUCGAGCCGCAGCGGAGUGGCUCCUGAGAUGUGGUGCCAAAGUCCGGUUUCAGGGUUUCCAGCGCUGGCAUCACGACUACAACGGGCUGCCAACGGGGCCUCUGGGCCGAUACAAGAUCCAGGCCAUCGACGCCACCGAGUCCUGCAUCAUGUACCGAGGCUUUGACCACCUGGACGGUUUGGAACAUGUGGAGGAAAUAAAGCUGAUCAAAUGCGUGUACAUCGAGGACGCCUGCCUGGAGCGGCUGAGCGCCAUCCAGAACCUGCAGGACAGUCUGAACACGAUGGAGGUGGUGUCGUGUGGGAACGUGACGGAUAAGGGCGUCAUCGCUCUGCACAGACUCAGGAAUCUGGAGUCUCUGUUCCUCAGCGACCUUCCCGGCAUCAGUGACAAACAGACGACGCUGGACAGACUGCAGACAGCUCUGCCACGCCUCGACAUCGCUCUGGACUUGGACUGAACGACAAACAUGGACGCUCUCUUUGAGGGACUGAAGCGACUGAACAAGGGCGACUUAACGAGGACGACUGAAUGAGGGCGACUUAAGGAGGGCGACUGAACGAGGGCGACUGAGCGAGGACGACUGAACGAGGGCGACUGAGCGACGGGGACUGAGCGAGGGCGACUGAACGAGGGCGAUUUAACGAGGGCGACUGAGCGAGGACGACUGAACGAGGGUGACUUAACGAGGACGACUGAGCGACGGGGACUGAGCGAGGUCGACUGAACGAGGGUGAUUUAACGAGGGCGACUGAGCGAGGGCGACUGAACGAGGGCGACUUAACGAGGGCGACUUAACGAGGACGACUGAACGAGGGCGAUUUAACGAGGGCGACUGAGCGAGGGCGACUGAACGAGGGCGACUGAGCGAGGGCGACUGAACGAGGGCGACUGAACAAGGACGACUGAACGAGGGCGACUGAACGAGGGCGACUUAAGGAGGGCGACUGAGCGAGGACGACUGAACGAGGGUGACUUAACGAGGACGACUGAGCGACGGGGACUGAACGAGGGCGAUUUAACGAGGGCGACUGAGCGAGGGCGACUGAACGAGGACGACUGAACGAGGGUGACUUAACGAGGGCGACUGAGCGACGGGGACUGAACGAGGGCGACUGAGCGAGCUCGACUGAGUGAGGGCGACUGAGCGAGGGCGACUGAAUGAGGGCGACUGAGCGAGGGCGACUGAACGAGGUCGACUGAGCGAGGUCGACUGAGCGAGGGCGACUGAACGAGGACGCUUCAGGUGAAAGGAGAAAUGAUGAAGACACUACGUGUUCCUGACGGAGUGAACUGACAUUUAUUUAUUUGAACAUGUGGAAGUGUUAAAUGUUAUUGCUCAUUAAAGAAACACAAAAACAA